UCUAAAUAAAAGACUGUGUCGAAUUCGUUAGCCUACAAUCCAGCAGCACAGUUAAACAUUUUAAUACGCUUAUUAAUAAAUAAGGUCUAUAUAGUUUUAAGCAAUUGAUUUGCAUAAUAGCUUUUUUAUAUAUCUAUUCAUGUUUUUGACCGUUUUGUGAAAUCCUUUUGUGUUUUCGGGAUGUUCUAGACCUAACAUGGGACACACUGAAUCGAAGGAUGAAAUAGCAACCGAAACAAAACAAGAGGUGAAAGAGGAAGAAAGUCUAAACGGGGUGUUACGGGAACUGCGUGCGUUACAAACACAACCUACCAAUCACCUCAUAGCUGACAGGUCAUGCGUACUAGAAAACGCAUUUUCUUACUUCAAGUCGGGUAAAUCUGAGUUGUCGCCCUUGGAAGUGUCAAUGGUUACUUCUGGGUAUAGCGAGCAUGCAAAGGAGCAAGGUGGGCCGAUGAGAGAGUUUUUUUCGUUGUUCUUUAAAGAGGUUUUGAGAAAGGAUAUCGACAUGUUUGAAGGGCAAGACCAUGGCCAACAACUCUUUCCGGUCAACAAUGCGCGCGCAAUAGAAAAUCACUGGUUUCACGCUCUAGGAAAAGCGAUUGUUGUCUCCACGAUGUCUGGUGGACCAGGAUUUCCGUACCUCGCGCCUAUAGUUGUCCAGUAUCUGCGAGGUUUGGAAUGUGAGCAUGACCUGAAUAUCAGUAUGGUGCAAAACAUGCUGCUAAGGCAAUUGAUCAAAAGGAUAAACAAUGCUGCGGACGGUGAUCAGCUGCAGGAUGCUGUUGACUCAGACGUGGAGAGGUACAUAGACAACUGCGGCUGGCCAAGACCCAAUAUGAUAACAAUAUCAAAUCGGUUAGAACUUACGCAGUAUCUUCUAAAAUGGGAGAUACUAUCUAAACGAUUCGCCGCCCUUGAACAGCUUAAACACGGUCUGAACACGUUGCAAUUUCUCGACAAGACACGUGAUCUUCAUGAAGUGGAAAACAUUCUGCAAGCUGAGAACGGCGACCAUGCAACAGCUGAAUAUUUGAAGGAAUCAUUAACGAAAGAAAUCGGGCGCCUGAAUCCCCGCUCGGAGAGAGAAACCAAUGCGAAGGAUUUCACGCUGAAAUGCCUGGAUAUGCUUACAGAUUCCGAGGCUGUCAGUCUGUUUCAUUUCAUAACGGGUAUGUCGUCACUUCCGGUCAACGGCAUCCCCCUCGAAGUCGAGUUCAACCGCGUGGAUCCUUCCUCGGAGCUUCCACAGGCGAUCACGUGCAUCCAGCGGCUCCGAAUCCCCCUAGGAAACGAGACCGCCAUCGCAUUUUACUCCUCCUUUCACAAGGCAUUGACUCACGGGCAAUACGGGUCCGGUCGGUCAGAACGAUCGUAACGUGGAUUUACACGUAAUUACUUCCUAUCGCUUAACGCUCGAUUUGUCAUUGUCGGCUCGGGUACUACUUUCAUGUACCCCAGGUACUCUUAAGUAUACUUAUACCUAUACUUACACCCGACUAUGACCAAUCGAGCCUUCCUAUCACUCCCAACCAUUAACGGGACACAUUCUUACUAAAGUGAACUUAGAUCACUUACCACUUGACUUCUCACAUACAAUAGCAGGAUUGAAUAGAGUAAACAGAUACGUUCGAGUCCGUUUCCUAUAUAAAGACCUGUUCUUAAUGUUUCAUCAGUUGCCAGAUUUUGACAGCACCGAUGUGCACAAUCAUCCAAGAAGUGAUUUAUUAAAUUGAAAUGUCAACAACGGCUGUUUGUAAAACUUGCA